CAGAGGAGGUGGCUGGUCGCAAACCUAUUUAACGCAACGAGGGUUUAAAUGCAGUCUUCCGUCCUAUGCUCUUGUAGGAGUCUCCGAUUUCUGAGUGGAUUGUUUUGUCAUUGAACAGUCGCUUACUCUCAAAUGUAAUGGAUAACGGCACGGUGCCGGUCACGGUCGAAACGGUACCGCCUAUUCCCAUGUCGCACACUGAUGUUGAUACCGCUACGCCCGCUGACGGCGCGCCUCUAGAGCGUGGCCCCGGUCCUGAUUCAAGGCCAUCAUCUCCUGCUCCGUCAUCUGUUUCUACGCAAUCGAAUUCGAGCAUACCAUUGCGCUUGGCAGCCGCUAUCGAGAAGCUCAUCGGCACUCUCCCCGAUGAGUUUGGAACGAAGAAGGCUGACGCAGAGCAACGCUACCUCGAUGCUUUGGAAAGGACUACCAUGAAACUCAGGAAACUUUCCAAGCUCAGGCCAUCCUCAGCGACAAACUCUUCGCUGCCUUCCGAUGCACCAACUCCCAGCCACAGCGAGACUGAGGAAUCGGACGAAGAUCUUGAUUCAACAACAGAGCAUUUGGAGAUCUCACACACACAAGAGGUGGAUUUUAGAACGAGAAGGUGGAUAGAAGAAAGGCAUGAAUGGGCGGAAAUUGCGGGAGAAGAACCACGGCCAGCCCCACUGAGGGGAAUACCGGAAGACAAUCACGCGUUCACUUUCCGGACCUACGAUGGCCGCCAUGGAGACCGGCGUCAGGAAGCCACCAUACACUGCCCCAAGCUACGGAAGCUUCUUGCUACUGAGCUCAAACAUUAUCCUUUCGAGCACUGGGACUUGCCUCACAUGAAAUUCCGACUCGACUUCUUCCCCCUUGUUCACAAUUGGAAAAGACUGGAAUGUGUGGCCGAUACCACGCUGAAUACUGACAGCUGCGGAACCCAUUUGCGGCGGCUACUAGAUGCAGUUCGGAAAUGCAAGAAUGUGAACUCUUACUUGCGUCACCUCGAGCGCGGAAUAAAGACAGUCCAUUACCGCCAUUUGGGCUACUUGUUCCCACCUGGAGAGGUCGUCUUUGCCAAUGCAUCGAACCAACCGCAAGCUUUCCGUGUAUGUGACUACAGGUAUGAACCCAGGAUGUUCCAGCUUUUCUGCUGGACAUAUGUGUUCGAUGGCAUCUCCUUCAAUCGCGAACCUUUCAGAUUCGUCAUUGACAAAUUCUCGGGCUCGAAGCAAAUCCGGAUGCUGCGAUGUUAUCCUCUCAAGUAUCACGAGAAUAAGAACAUGCGCACCAUUCUACUGGAGAAAGGUCGCAAAUUUCGAGCUCUCGUCACCCGAGAAAAAGAAGAAAGGAUGUUUGACUACAAAGGUAACAUCUACCUCUGCAGCGAAAGGCCCGAGGAUGUUUUCGGAGAAAAGUAUGCUGGCGCGGCCAUACAAGCUACGAUGAUAGCGUCGAUCAUCAAUCACAAUCGCGGACGGAGAAGGAUGUCUCCCCAGGACGAUUUGGACGAAGUAAACGAGGUCUAUGCGGACGCUCGGACUAUUCCGUAUUCCGACCACGUUAUCGUUGAUAUUGAAGCCUACAAUUCCUACGGUCCACAAUGGCCUCGACGGCAUCAGCCACUUCAUCGACCUGAGCCUUGUAAGGAGUGUGAUUGCAUUAAGUGCCAGACGAACCCUGAACUACAGGAGCUUCUCAAAGUCAAGUACGAUAACGUCCGAAAGCUCCCCUCUGGAGAUUGGCCCGAGUUCGAGGAAGAACAGUUGCUUAUAUGCCCUCCACGUGUAGCGGGGUACGCUCUGGCCAAAAAGCUUUGGGUCUUCAUGGAAGUCGAUAACCUUCAGCCCAUAAACAAACUCUCUGUGGCUAACUCAGGCACUUCCAACCUACUCGACUCUUCAGAUUGGGCAUUUGACAAGGUCAUCCUCCCCGACGACGAUGAAUGGAUUGAAACCAAGGAUCUCAUCCGUACAUUGAUUCGAGAUCACACUAAUGUAGUGAGUCGGAAAGAACCGGGCAUACCUGCGCCUCUUCAUGACCUGGUCGAAGGCAAGGGUAAAGGACUCGUAAUUCUGCUCUAUGGUGAAUCAGGUGUCGGCAAGACGCUAAUGGCAGAGACCGUCGCCAGCUACACCGGGAAACCUCUGUUGAAAGUCAGCGUCGCCGACAUCGGCCUUACCAUUACGACGGUCGAGGAAAAAUUGGAGGAGCAUUUUCACAUAGCCACUCGCUGGAAUGCGGUCCUUCUAUUUGAUGAAGCUGAUAUCUUGCUCGAGCAAAGGACGGACGAGGCUGACUUGCUAAGGAACUCCAUGGUCUCCGUCUUUUUGAAAGUCCUAGAAUACUACGAAGGCAUUCUGCUCCUGACGACGAACCGACUCCUUACCUUCGACAUCGCUGUUCAAUCUAGGGUUCAUCUCGCCGUUCAAUUCCCGCAGAUGAACGAAAGAGUACAGAAACGUGUCAUCAAUAUGUUUCUUGAUCAGAUCGCACGGGAAGAUAUAGAUUACGAUGAAAUACACCGCUGGGUCAACAAACGCCUCAAUUCCCAGUUCAACGGCCGCCAAAUCCGCAACAUACUUUCCGCGGCGAUCAACCGGGCUAGGACUGAGCGUAGGAAGCUGCAGUUGGAGGACAUCGAGAUCUUCUGGAACCGCGCGAGCGUCUUUCAAACCUACCUUGCGGCUCACACUUCGCAAGUCCUCAGUCGCCAGCUCGCGCCGAACCAGAUUCAUUGACCAGACCCCUUGUUGUAUGUUUUGAAACGUCAUCUGUCCUUCGUAUUUUCUCUCUCUAUUCUCUUGAGAAAUUGAAAUACUCGGGUACAUCGGAUUGCUAGCUCGUAGAAUCUCAUAAGCCUUAACACUUCGGUGUAAUUUGAAAAUUAAUUUGGAGCAUCUACGAACACUUUCUCU